UGCAUAAUGGCUUCAAUUAAACAAAAAUAGGUUAUUGGGUAAUGUACCAACAUUGUUUCUACAGGCGGGAGUUCGAAUUAUUGAUCAUCUGCAGGCAAUGUGAUAAGGAGAAAGCAUAAAUAACCAGAAAGGAAAGAAGGUGGUACAAAAGAAGAGCCGCUCAUUAUUCUUUCCGAACCGUAUUUAGUUUACACUGGGGUUUCACUUUACUUCAUAUAUUAUUAUAAGAUGAGAACGUGCCAGGUGCCAGUUUUUGUGCUAAUCGGAUUUACGGUUAUAAAUGAAAUAAAAUCAGUUUCAGGGCAAAAUGUAUCUGAGACCCCUCCGAUAUCGGCUGUGUCAAGCCCUGUUCCCAUCUUAUCUACGACAACCCGAAAGCCGGUGCUCCCGUCUUUUCGAUUACCUUGCUCUUGCUUCCAGGGGCAAUGCGGAUGCUGCACCGGUUAUAUCCUGGAUAGGUUAAACCAAAAAGCUUGCAUGAACAUGACCUAUGAACCCGAGGAAUUCGCUGUCCAUGCAGUCAUGUCUUUAAAUGGAGUUCCGUUUUACAGAAAUACGAUUUCAGGAAAAAAUCCGCCACCAGUGUGUAUGCGCCUGCCAAGACUUCGCUUUGUAAAGUUCUGCGUGGAAUUUUCAAAUGUUUACUUCGCCAAUCGAAACGUGCACUUGUGCAUUGAUGCAGAAGCCAAUUGGGAAGACUUUACUUUACUCGAGUGGUCUUUUGACUGCAUUCGCAUGGGAGUUGCAGGAUUUCAAGUUAUAAAUGCUGAAGAUGGUGGAGGCAUUCCAGAGAAACCCAUUGACACUGUUGAUCAAACUGAUGAAGACUAUGACGAUAGUGCUCGCGAUAACUCCAGGAAACCAAAAUUGAAUGAUGCAAAAAUUAUUUUUCAUCGGAGCUUGAAAAAAAUUAAAGCAAGAACUGUUGGACAUGAUUCAAUUUCCGUUAGGAAGAACCCAGAUGGAAACUUUGUAGUGUUUUCUUCAGGAUAAGUCAAAGUAUUGCUAAAUGAUUAAUUUUAAAUUAUUUGUUAAAAUAACAUUACUUUCAACACAAGUAAUUGGGCCAUUUUGUAGAGGCCUCCAAACCGCGUUUACUUUAGUGAAUAGUAUCUGUUGCAAUAAAUCGUUUAAUUUAUAUGAUACUCGACGUAUCGCAGCACGAAUUACAAAACAGCAAUUUGUCGCUUUUUGUUAUAGGAUUUACUGGCGUAGCUUUAUUUUAAAUUAGCAGUAUUUAUGGAAACCAACAGAUUCAGUCAGAUUGUUUUAACUAUACAUAUAAAUGGUCAGUUUCACACAUUCAACACCUAAGUUAGUCGUUGUCAUUUUCUUCUUUGAUUAAUUGCGGUAUUAUGAGUGCCGAACUUGAAGACAUCAAUAGGUUUAGUUAGAUAGUAAAGACGUCUCAGUAAAA